AUGAGCGCGAGACAGCGCGAGUUGUACGACAAAGUCAAGAAUGCGCGUGAAUGGUUCAGUCUGCACGACAAUCAAAUUGGCGAAGAUGGUGCGCGGGCGAUUGCUGAGACACUCAAAGUGAACACGACACUGACUAAAAUCAAUCUGACUGAGAAUCAGAUUGGUGAUGCUGGAGCGCGGGCGAUUGCUGAGACACUCAGAGUGAACACGACAGUGACCGACCUUGGGCUAUGGAAGAAUCAGAUUGGCGAUGCUGGUGCCCAUGCACUUUCUGCGGCACUCAAAGUGAACAAGACGUUGAUCAAGAUCGAUCUGAAUGGGAAUCAGAUUGGCGAUGCUGGAGCACAGGCGAUUGCUGAAACGCUCAAAGUCAACACGACGCUCGCUAACCUCGGUUUGCACAAUAAUAAGCUUGGCGAUGCUGGAGCGACUGCGAUUGCUGAGAUGCUCAAAGUGAACAAGAUGCUAACUUCGCUCAGCCUGGAUAACAAUCAGAUUGGCAAUGCUGGAGCGCUGGCGAUCGCUGAGGCACUCAAAGUGAACAAGACCCUGACUUGGCUCAAUCUAAGUGAGAAUCAGAUUGGCGAUGCUGGAGCGCAGGCCAUUGCUGAGGCGCUCAAAGUGAACACGACUUUGCCGUGUCUCGUGCUCCAACAGAAUCAGAUUGGUGAUGCUGGAGCGCAUGCAAUUGCUGAAGCACUCAAGGUCAACAACACAGGGCUAAUUGUGCUCUUUUUGAAUGAGAAUGAGAUUGGCAAUGCUGGAGCGCAGGCGAUUGCUGAGGCUCUCAAAGUGAACACGACGCUGAUUGUGCUCUUGUUGGGAGACAAUCAGAUUGGCGAUGCCGGAGCCCAGGCAAUUGCCGAAGCGUUCAAGUCUGGAGCGGAAUUGCAUUAG